CCAGUCAGUCAGUGCAUCGGGUCCAUCUGUACAACUCGUCUCUCUCUCUCUCUCUCUCUCUCUCUCUCUCUCUCUCUCUCUCUCUCUCUCUCAUCUUUCUAUCUGCAGCAUCUCUCUUCACUUCUCUCUCUUUGGACAGAACCUACUAGACUGACACCGACACCUCUUGACAUGGAGAUAUACUAAUGUAAUAGGCAGAAAGGAACACUGGGUUUCACACAUUCGGUUCCAGGUGGCCUUAUUUGGGCGACUCGGUCCUGACCUUAUUUCUGUGAUGGAGGAGUCGGGCAUCCAGAGAGGCAUCUGGGAUGGAGACGCCAAGGCUGUCCAGCAAUGCCUGACAGAUAUUUUUACCAGUGUAUAUACAACCUGCGACAUCCCAGAGAAUGCCAUAUUCGGCCCCUGUGUUUUGAGCCAUACUUCCCUGUAUGACAGCAUAGCCUUCAUAGCCCUCAAGUCCACGGACAAGAGAACUGUACCUUAUAUCUUCCGGGUAGAUACUUCAGCGGCAAACGGUUCCUCAGAAGGUCUCAUGUGGCUGCGGCUGGUCCAAUCAGCCAGAGAUAAAGAAGAACAGAAUCUCGAAGCUUAUAUAAAAAACGGACAGCUCUUCUACCGCUCCCUCCGCAGGAUUGCCAAAGACGAGGAGUUACUCGUUUGGUACGGGAAAGAACUGACUGAGCUACUCUUGCUGUACCCCUCUAGAUCCCACAAAAUGAAUGGGUCGUCCCCUUACACAUGCCUGGAAUGCAGCCAACGUUUCCAGUUUGAAUUCCCCUAUGUGGCGCAUCUGCGAUUCCGCUGUCCCAAGAGACUUCACAGCGCGGAAGCGAAUCCCCAGGACCAACAAGGCGGCGGCGUGGGCACCAAGGACCAAGGCUGCGGAGGUGACAAAGAACAGCAGCAGCAGCAGCAACAACAACAACAGCAGCAGCAGCAGCAACAGCAGCAGCAACAGGAGGUACCCUUGGUCCCAGGCCCCAAGUUCUGCAAAGCCGGCCCCAUACACCACUACCCGGCGCCAUCCCCGGAGGCUAGCAACCCACCGGCCGGCGCAGGUGCUGGCAGCGCCAAGCCAUCCACGGACUUCCACAACCUGGCUCGCGAACUGGAGAACUCCAGGGGAGGUAGCAGCUGUUCGGCCGCCCCGAGCGUCGGCGGUAGCCGCAGCGGCCACCAGGAGGCGGAGCUGAGUCCCGACGGCGUGGCCGCGGGCGGCUGCAAAGGGAAGAGGAGGUUCCCGGAGGAGGCAGCAGCAGAGGGCGGUGGCGCAGGGCUGGCGGGUGGCCGCGCGCGCUUCUCCGAACGGCCGCUGGCGGCCUCCAAGGAGGAGCUGGUGUGCACGCCACAGCAGUACCGCGUCGCGGGCAGCUACUUCGGGCUGGAAGACAACGGCCGGCUCUUUGCGCCGCCCAGUCCCGAGACCGGAGAGGCGAAGCGCAGCGCCUUCGUGGAGGUGAAGAAGGCGGGCCGCGCGGCGGGCUUGCAGGAGGAGGCGGCCGCGGACGGCGCGGGAGGCACGACCGAGGACCCCGACGCGGGCGGCGGCGGUGGCUCGUCCACGCCCGCGGCCGCGUCGCCCGGGGGUGCGGAAAAGCUGCUGGCCCCGCGGCCCGGAGGCGCGCUGCCGGGGCGGCUAGAGGGAGGGAGCCCCGCGCGCGGGAGCGCCUUCACCUCGGUGUCGCAGCUGGGCGGCGGCGGCAGCGCAGGGGGCGCGGGGACGGCCGCGGGAGCCGGGGGCGCUCAGGCGGCUACGUCGGACGAGCGCAAGAGCGCCUUCUCACAGCCCGCGCGCUCCUUCUCGCAGCUGUCCCCGCUGGUCCUGGGCCAGAAGCUGAGUGCACUCGAGCCGUGUCACCCGGGCGACGGCGUGGGGCCCACCAGACUCUACCCGGCAGCCGCCGAUCCGCUGGCCGUGAAGCUGCAGGGGGCCGCGGACCUGAACGGAGCCUGCGGGCCCCUGGCGAGCGGCGGCGGCGGCGGUCUGCCCAAGCAGAACCCUUUCCUCUACGCCACCGCCUUCUGGCCCAAGAGCUCGGCCGCGGCGGCGGCGGCGGCGGCGGCGGCCGCGGGGCCCCUGCAGCUGCAGCUGCCCUCCGCGCUCACGCUGCUGCCGCCCUCCUUCACCUCGCUGUGUCUGCCGGCGCAGAACUGGUGCGCCAAGUGCAAUGCCUCCUUCCGCAUGACCUCCGACCUAGUGUACCACAUGCGGUCUCAUCACAAGAAGGAGUAUGCCAUGGAGCCCCUGGUGAAACGGCGGCGGGAAGAGAAACUCAAGUGCCCCAUUUGCAACGAGUCCUUCAGGGAGCGCCACCACCUUUCCAGGCACAUGACCUCGCAUAACUGAUGCGGAAAGGAGCCCGGCUUUCCACGCGUAUGCACGCAUAGUCAAGCCACCUGCAGGAGCAGACGCGUG